AUGAAAAUCACAACACCUUCUAGUGCUGCGAAAGCACCAUGGGAAUUUGACUUUUAUAUUUAUGAUGGCACCAUAGACAAGACAGCCCCAGACUUCUUAGCAUUCAAGCAACACUUUAAUUUAACUUGGGGAAGUAUUUUUUCUCUCUUGGAACAUGUUGAGAAGUUUCUCAAGGACUAUGCAAUACCAGAAGUCAAAAUAAAAGGGAACAGUUUGGUAGCCCUCCUUCCAGAGUUUGAGCUAAAAAACAGACUUACCAGCUAUGACCUUCUCUCAGUGAUAGAAGACCCAGUUCACAUCCAAAGGAUGUUAAAUGUUCCAGGUCAGAGGUACAAGGGCCAAGAUGGAAAGUUAGAAGCCAUAUUGAAGAUCCAAGCCACAUGGAAGUGCUACAAAGCAAGAAAAUUGUUCCUUGUUUACCGAAAACAGAAGUGGGCAUCAGGUGUGAUUGCCAUUGCUUGGCUUUUACAUUGCCAUAAGACUCGACUGAGGAAGAUCCUGCAGGAAUCACGUCAAAGACACCUGCAGAAUUUCCAUGUGAGAGCCAAGCAUCUGGCAGCCAACUGGAAUCGCAUCAGGACCUCCAGGAGGACUAUUAUCCAUAUCCCAUCAUUAGGAUAUUCCCAGCCUGUGCGAAAACAUAUUGCUGAUUUUGACACACGGCAGAACAUGCAGCUGGGGAGACUGUGUGACAUCUUUGAUGACAAUGUGAACGUCAUCUACAUCUGCUCCCAUCAUAUGGAUGAUGAGUUACUGAUGUAUUACCAUAAAAUCCUGAGUCUACGGGCAGCUGUCAAGUCGGGGAACCUUGAGGCCAGAAGUGACCUGCAGGACAGGUUCAAAAUUAUCACCCCUGAAGCUGUAAACAUCUUCACUAUGAUAGAACAGCUGAGUCAGCUGGUCACCGAUCACCUGGAAAUCCAGCGCUGGCUCUUCAAAAUAGAUGAUGAGUCUGGAGGAAAUGGAACUGCAUUUUGUGACAUUCCCUGUCACCUAAAGUGCUACAAGUGGGCCCUAAAGGAGAAUAGGAAAUACAGCCGAGAAGAUUGGAGCAAGAAAUGGGCACAGGAGCCAGCUUUGGUGAAGAUCUCCGAGGAGCUGGCGGGCAUUUUAGCACAGCACGCACAGCCAGUCAAUGAGAAACGGUUCCCGACGUGGGGGAAAUUCCUCCAAACAUUUCUCAGUCAAGGGGGCGUGAUCGAAGCGUUUCCACCUGCAGAAAGUGUCACCAACCUGACGGUGGACAUGCUAAUAGAGCCCAAUGGAGUAAUCAGGAUACUGUCAACAGGCGACCAAUUUCAUGCAGAUGGCCCCUUGAUUUCCUCCGGCACCACCUUGCCUCAGACCUCAGUGGACCCCCAAGUUCUCUCUUCUAUGUGCCUCCAAAUUGGAAAAGCCUUUAGAGGAAGAGAUGUGGUUGGUUACUUCUCCAUUGACCUGGUGACAUUUAUUGAUCCAAGCACCAUGGAGCAGCAGGUGUGGGCAACAGACCUGGACCUGUCAUAUAGUGACCAGCUAGCCCUGACUCAGCUCAGCUUAUACCUGACAAAUGGCCAUCUGGAUUGCAGUCUGAGCACCUUCGAAGUGCCCCGUUCUGUUCCAAAGAAAGAGAAAACGAGCCAUUUCAAGGUCCUGGCUAUGCCGUCAUCAGCAACCAGUCGCUAUGCAGUAAUGACCACCCAGCUAAAGCACAGCAAUCUUUCCCUGGUUUUCCACUAUGUUUUCCUCCAGAUGUGUAAAGCCCAUGGCAUCGGCUAUGACAUUGAGGACAGACAAGGAACAGUUUUUAUAUUAUUUGAACACGUAAAGAGAAACAAGUUGGGAGUGUUAACAAUCGGCGAGGAUCUCCAGGGGGUCCUCAUGACCUUUGCUCGCAAUCUCUUCAUCAUCCAUCAAGAAAUAUCAUCACCUAAUAUGCAAGGCGAGACCAAUUUUAAGACCACUAUUGAAGAUGUUGAAACCAUUCUGGGAGUAACAGAGGAAAACAAACUAAGAUUUGAAGAAGAGCAAUCAUCUAAAGAAAAUAAAAACCUCUCCAGGCCUCAGAAAUGA